AUGAACAACGAAAAGGCUAUAAAGUUAUCAUUAACUUCCUUAUUAUAAAUAGGAACUACUCUUUAGAAUCAUUUGCAAAAGGGUUAAGACCAUAGAACGUUUUCAUUUUAUUUAUGCAGAAACAACAUGCAGUUUCGGGUUCUCUUUACAAUUGGAGUUCUCAUUGGAUCAGCGUUCUGUGAUACCGAAUGUUUCAGAUCCGUGUUCAUUGAAUGCAGUCGUCCGGCUUUAGGGGAGAAUGACCUUGAAACAACGUUGACACUUUGCAAAAGUAUAAAGAAUCAAUUGAACUGUCUUAUGGAGCAAUCGAUUUCCUGUGGAAUGAGUUUUCAGGAAGAGGCCAGAAAAGUGACCCAAAAUCUAAACCAUGUGUGCACUAAUGGAACUGCCAUGAGCAAAGAGUUUAAACAACACAGAGAAUGCUUUUCCGAAGUUCUUACGAGUCAAGAGUGCUCUGGAGCAGUCAAAAACAUAAUGAAAGACAGAUUAGAAGUUAAAGAUAUCGUCUUAGGCCAAAAAGAAACUUGCAAGUUGGUAGAUGCCUUUUCAGACUGCGCCUUCAAGAAUGUUGAAAAUAAAUGUGGCAAAUCGACGGUGGGUAUCUUCUCGUCCCUGUUUGAUCCUCUGAUUAGAAUGAGUAGGGGCCUCUGCGAAGAAGUUAUCAUCCCAGCAGAUGAAAACGAUGGUUUUCCCGAUAAUCCUGGGAUGCUAAGUGGCAUUUACAUUACGACAUUGUUUUUUAUAAAUCCAAUGUAAAAAAUACGCUAACAAAAUAAAAAUACAUCUCCUCUCCUUGAAAGAAAAAA